AUGGCUGGGCGCACGCUGCCCCCGGUGGGGGCUGGGGAGCUGCAGCCCAGCCUCAUGGAGGCUGGGGGACUCCCUGUGAGGAUAAGGCAAAUCUUUAGCUGCUACCAGCAGUCUCUGGGACCCGAAGCUGCUGCUGCUGCUGCUGCAGCAGCAGCAGCAGAUCGAAACGUGAGACCACUGCAGAGCUGCAGCAAGCAGCAGCUGCAGCUCCUGCGGCUGCUGCAGCAAACAGGCUGCAGCAAGAAGCAGCUGCUGCUGAUGCGCCAAACCAGCUGCAACGCGGCAGAGCGGCAGCAGCACCUGCUGCUCCUGCUGCAGUUCAGCUGCAGCAACGCGGAAGCAGCAGCAGCAGCUGCUGCUGCUGCAAAUCAGCUGCAGCACAGUGCAGCAGCAGCAGCUGCUGCGGGGCAGCUGCGGGAUGGAGCCCCCAGAGGCCGCCGGGGCCCGCCCUUCCUUCCGCUUGCAACAGGCAGCAGCAGCCGCAGCAGCAGCAGCGCAGCAGCAACAGCAGCGCAGCAGCAGCAGCGGCAGCAGCAGGGGAAGAAGGCCAUGGCUGCUCUGCGGUGUAUGUACACCCCAAAUGAAUGGCUAGAUGUGGAGGCAGGUCCCCCCACAAUCAAGACAGAUGGGGACAUUCUUUUGAAGGGGAGUUUGUACGGGCUUGUGCUGCGGGCAUGGGGGCCCCCCCUAGCAGCAGGAAGGCACUGCUUGAGUGUGCAGGACGGGUCGGGGGCCCCCCACAGCCUGCGGUUCGGGGCCCUUGCUGCAGCAGCAGCAGCAGCAGCAGCAGCAGCAGACUGCCCGCUGACAGAGCAGCUGCCGCUGCUCGUGCUGCCCCCGCCCUCCAGCAGCAAACUGCCCCGCCUCUGCUACUCCAAGCAGCGCAGCAGCCCCAGUGAGACUCUGCGCCUUUUUGGCUUUUUGUCUUUGCGUUAA